GUGAAACUUGUGCAAUUGUGUGGUUAAAAAGGAAAAUUGAUUAUCAGAUACGAUGCCUAAAAAAGAACAACGACCAUUCAACCCCAUUACUAGACAUACCGAGGACCAUUCCCUUGUAGAACUAGAUAUAAGCGAACUCGACCCCUCAAAAACAUUGACAAAGGAGGAGGUAGAAGCGUUCCUUGCUCAGCCAACGGCUAGAUUUGUGGAGUUGGGUGCAAGGCCCUGCAGACCUCCAAAUCUGGAUGCGCUACAUGACGGUGACAUGAGAGAAUUCAUUGACGAGGUUAUAGAUGAGGCCAUAGAAGAAAUGUUAUAUGGCGCAGAGGCAAACAGAAUUGCUGAAGUGGACAUUCGAAGGGCAUUUUUUGAUGCAACGAAUAUUGCAUACAGACCAAGGAAGAAAAAAAACAUUCUCAGAAGAAUUCUCGGCUACUGUACAGCCUGUUAUUGUCGACGGCGCUAAAUUAUUUCUUUCUUGUUAUUUUCUUUUUUAAAAACAUCUUUUCUGAAAACUUUC